CCUGACGCAGGCGCAGUAGGGCAGGCGGGUGCGUAGGGACUCCUGCUGAGGCGUCGGUCAGCGGAGAGCCUAACCCUCCGGGGUUCCACGCGCCGCGGGGUCGUUACAGCCGAGCACUUGGAGAGCCCGAAGUCUGUGAGCAGCCGCCAUGUCGAUCUUCACCCCGACCAACCAGAUCCGACUGACCAAUGUGGCCGUGGUGCGGAUGAAGCGGGCAGGGAAGCGCUUCGAAAUCGCCUGCUAUAAAAACAAGGUCGUCGGCUGGCGGAGUGGCGUGGAAAAAGACCUUGAUGAAGUUCUGCAGACCCACUCAGUGUUUGUAAAUGUUUCCAAAGGUCAGGUCGCCAAGAAGGAGGACCUCAUCAGUGCAUUUGGGACAGAUGACCAGACUGAAAUCUGUAAACAGAUUCUGACUAAAGGAGAAGUUCAAGUGUCAGAUAAAGAACGGCACACACAGCUGGAGCAGAUGUUUAGGGAUAUUGCAACCAUUGUGGCAGACAAAUGUGUGAACCCAGAAACAAAAAGGCCCUACACGGUUAUCCUCAUCGAGAGAGCCAUGAAGGACAUCCACUACUCGGUCAAACCCAACAAGAGCACAAAGCAGCAGGCUUUGGAAGUGAUAAAGCAGUUAAAAGAGAAGAUGAAGAUCGAGCGUGCCCACAUGCGGCUGCGCUUCAUCCUGCCCUUGAAUGAGGGCAAGAAGCUGAAGGAGAAGCUGAAGCCGCUGAUGAAGGUCGUGGAGAGUGAGGACUACAGCCAGCAGCUGGAGAUAGUAUGUCUCAUCGACCCAGGCUGCUUCCGAGAAAUCGAUGAGCUAAUAAAAAAGGAAACCAAAGGCAAGGGUUCUCUGGAAGUGCUCAGUCUGAAAGACGUGGAGGAAGGAGAUGAGAAAUUCGAAUGACAUGACACUCUCCAGCUCCUCUGCUGGAGCACAACAGAGGACUUUGUCCCCAGCAGCAGCAGUUGUUUCUGUGACCUGCCAAAAGCCCUGCUCAAGCAACGUGCUACUUUCCAAUCUUGUGUUAAACAUUUACCUACGUACUGGGUGUUUCUGUUGUAAACUGGGGUUUCCAGCAAAAAUGACAAACCCAAAAUACAGUGUCCAGAACAGCUCUUCACUGCUGUCUAUGCCUUUAUAGUUCCGCAGGAAAGAUCAGAGAUGCUGGGGGAUAAGAAAGCAGAUUUAGUAUGUGAUAGAUCACUGGAGAGAGGUCUGUAUGACAAAGAGGAGUGUUUGCUGGGACAAAGAUGUGGUGCUUUUGCAUAAUGAAGUCCAGGUCAGGGGUGUGAGCUUGGAGAAGACUUCCUGGUUCUCUACAUACAGACAUAUAAUGACUACGGAAAUUUUGAAUUUUCAACAAACAUGGUACCACAACUGACUUAGAUUAUUCUUGGUAAAAUAUAUAAAGUCAUUAAUACUAAUUCUUAAAAAGUUUAUAAUAUAUGUUAGUAUAGCUAAAAUGAUACAUAAUCAAUAAAACCUAUUUUUAUUAAGCUCUGGCUUGCAUUUCUAGACAGCUUCCUUUUGGGUCUGGUUUUUGUAUUAGGUACUUUCCUCGAUGAUGUGAUGAACUGCCUGACAGAAGCGUGUUAAGGAAGAAAGGUUUUACUUUAGCUCAGUUUGAGGAGUGACAGUCCAUCACAGCAGAGCAGGCAUGGUGGCAGAAUCAUGAGGUCAUGUUGCAUCUGCAGUCAGGAAGCGGAAAAAGAUGAAUUCAGAUGCUCAGCUUUCUUUUAUUCUGUCAGGGCCCCAGCCCAUACAGUAAACCCAAUCUAGAGACUCUCACAGAUGUGACCAGAGCUUUGUUCCCAUGGUAAUUCUAGAUCCUGUCAAUUUGACAGUAUUAACCAUCAGUUUGGGGUUUUUUGUUGGGUGGUUUGGUUUGUGUUUUGAGGGUCUUGAAAUCAAAGGCCUUUAAUCCCAGCACUUGGGAGAUAGAGGCAGGCAGAUCUGACUUCAAAGGCCAGCCUGGUCUACAGAUGAGCCCAGGACAGCCAGGGCUACACAGAGAAACUCCAUCUCAAAAACACAAUUGGAGGGUGGGGGGGGGGGGUGCUGGAGGGAUGGCUGGAUGGGUAAGAGCACUGCCUGCUCUUCUAGAGGACUCAGAUUCAAAUCCCAGCACCCACAUGGCAGUUUACACCUGUCUAUAACUCCAGUUCCAGGGCUACCCUCACACAGACGUACAGGCAGGCAAAACACCAGUGAAUAUUAAAUAUAAAUAAAGAUCUGAGACAGUU